AUGCCCAAGAAAACCCAAGGCCGGAAGAAAAUCGAGAUCAAGCGGAUAGAGAAUUCGAGCAAUAAACAAGUCACCUUCUCAAAGCGCCGCGCCGGCAUAUUCAAGAAGGCUGGCGAGUUAAGCGUGCUAUGUGGCGCGCACAUGGCAGUCAUCGUGUUCUCUAGUGCCAACAAGGUGUUCUGUUAUGGGCACCCAGACAUCCAUGCAGUGAUUGAGAGCUAUCAAAAUGGGCUCAACUCUGUAGUCGGAGUUGAUGAUAAGGCCCAGGAGGUUCUCAUGGCGGAGUACAACAAAGAGUGCGAGGAGAAGCAUAAGGAGGAAGACGAGUUGAAGAAGAAGAUGGCGGAGACAAAAGCCAAGGCAAAUGAGAAGAAGAUGAUGAUGGAAAGAAGCACAAGCAGGAAUCAGGUGCGUGGGGGAUUUUGGUGGGAUGAGCCGGUGGAUUUCGUCAUGCUGGAAGAGCGAGAGAGGGAGCAGUACAUGAUGGCAUUGGAAACCUUGAGGAACAAGGUAGCUGAUAAGGCUCAUCACAAGAAGAUUUUGAGUGGAACUAUUGCCGGGACAUCAGUUCCGGCUGUUCAUCGACUUAAUCAUAUGAUGACACCCAAUAAUUGUUUUGGUACUGGUUUCGGUGAUCAAUAUGGGAACCAUGGUUUUGGAAUUUAG